ACCCGCACGAGAAAAGAGAACGUUUCUGAACUCCGUUUCCCAGAGGGCUUUGCGGCUGACGGCGGAAGUUCACGUGCUGUUUGCUUCUCCUGCCCGGCCCCGUGACGCGACCCGACCGAAGAGGGAAGAGAAAGGAGCCUCCGGGCGGGCGCCCAGCCAGCCGUCUUGCACCAUGGCUAUCCUGUUUGCAGUUGUAGCCAGAGGCUCCACCAUCUUAGCCAAACAUGCUUGGUGCGGAGGGAACUUCCUGGAGGUGACGGAGCAGAUCCUGGCCAAGAUAUCCUCUGAGAACAACAAGCUCACCUACUCCCAUGGAAGUUACCUGUUCCACUACAUUUGCCAGGACCGGAUUAUAUACCUCUGCAUCACUGAUGAUGAUUUUGAGCGCUCCAGAGCUUUCAUGUUUCUGAAUGAAAUCAAGAAGCGGUUCCAGACCACCUAUGGCUCUCGUGCCCAGACGGCCUUGCCGUAUGCGAUGAACAGCGAGUUCUCCAGCGUUCUGGCUGCACAGCUGAAACACCACUCUGAGAACAAGGGUCCCGACCAAGUGGCAGAGACACAGGCCCAAGUGGACGAGCUCAAAGGGAUCAUGGUCCGCAAUAUAGAUCUGGUGGCCCAAAGGGGAGAAAAGCUGGAGCUGCUGAUAGACAAAACUGAAAAUCUCGUGGAUUCGUCUGUCACUUUCAAAACCACCAGCAGGAACCUGGCUAGAGCAAUGUGCAUGAAGAACCUCAAGCUCACCAUCAUUAUUGCCAUAGUAUCAAUUGUCAUAAUCUACAUCAUUGUGUCAGCUGCCUGCGGCGGGCUCUCAUGGCCAAGCUGUGUACAGAAGUAGCUGUUGGAGCCCGUUGACCACAUACGAGAGCACACGUGAGCAAGAACCUAUGUGAAGGAACAGCCGUCGUCCAACUCUGACCUCCUUGCUCUUCAUCCUUCAAGGACACCCGAGUCUUUUUGCCUUGGACCCCCUAGCCCCUGCCUCCAGGGCAAGGUGCCACUUGCUUUUAAGCCCGUGUGGCGUUCCACUGUCACAAACCUCGGAGCGUCCCAAGAGAGGAAAGGAAGGCAUCAUUGGCAUGGGGAGAGUCUUGAGUGUACUUCUGUGUUCAUGCUUUGCACUUUACUGUCUUGAAGCCCUGCUGGAGGGGGAGACCGGAGGAGCUGCAGUGACCCUUGGGAGGGGGAAGGAGGACCACCAAAGCCCACGGGUUCCUGUUCAUGUCUCCUCACCCCAGGUAGGUGGGGGGGCCCAGCCCCCUCCCACACUGCUUUCCCAGUGGUGCCUUUCCUAAACUUGUCGGGCUGUGGCUUCGUUCUUGAGGAGAUGCCCCCCCUGGGGAGGGGGUACUUGUUAGGCAUGUUGUGGGGGCUCGACCUUGUGACUUGGAUGACUGGUGAGUGUGUGUACUGUUUAACAUUGCUGUGAUGUACCUUGCUGUUUGUGGCUGUGUGUGUGUCUUUUUUGCUCUUCUGUCCUGCCUGGCUUAGGAUGUUCUUUCAACCUCUGAGAGAGCAAGAGAGCCCUGUGGGAGAAGAGCUGUUGGCCUGGUGGUCUACCUGAUGCGGGAGCCUAGUGGGGAAGGAGUAGACUCAGUUCUUCCAUCCGAAUGGGGUGGGGGAAGAGGAGGAAGGCAGAAGGUAGAAUUUUGAGGCCGAUUUUCAACAUGGAAACUGCCCAUCAAACCAGUGUCCCACCCCCUUCUGUGCACGGCAUCACACCGCUUGCAGCUUCUCCCCACCACCAGUGCCAGCUAUGGAUGGACUAUAUAGAAGUGUCAGGGUUGCGCAGGUGUGACUUGAGAGGCGAUGCGCUUGGUGCGGACCACAGGCCUGCGGAAGAGCUUUUUGGCCGCCUCUGUGCUGCGAGAUCAUGGAUGGCCUUCGAGGUGGGACCUUGGCCUGGACUGAAGCAGGGGCAUUGAGCGGGGAUGCCCGCUGGCAAGCACGGAGGACAGCCCUGUUGCGUUCAGGGCCUCUUGCACCGUCUCUCCUGCCGGGACUAGACCAACUCACUGAGCUACCCUUAUUCUCAAGUGCUGGAGAUUUGGUCUUAAGGCUUCCUGUGUUGAACAGAUUAGGAAGUUACCACACACUAGAAUUCUGGUUUAAAGUGCUGGCCACAGAGUGCCACACCCUGGGAAGCCAUCUGAUACGGAUAGUCCUUGCCCUGUGUUGGGUGAGGUGGUGCUGAGACAGCCCUGCCUCCCCCUCAGUGGGAAGACGCUUAGCAUCCCGUCGGGCUGCUGUUCCAUGCCCAGCCCUACAAUUUCCGUAGCUGGUUCUCUGCAGCCCCAGCCGGUCCUUCCCGACACCUAGACACACAAGGACUGCUGCUUGCCUUGCCCUCCUCCCCGCUGCUGAGGUUUGGGCCUCCUGGGGCUGCACUCAGUUGCCAAGCUCCGACAAGCCUUGUCUGAAGGGCUCUUCUGCUUUCUUCUUCCUCCCCACCGCUCCAGGCACAAGUCCAUGUUUAACUGUGCAUGUGUUAGGGAUUUGUAACAAUUUUCUAUUUUAAUUGAGUUUAUGUAAAAUUAAAACUGCUUACUCUGGUUAAAUGCACUAUGAUGCAUUAUUGUAAAAAAUAAAGUCAAUCUGUUUGAAUAAA